CACUACGCUUUAUUAUUGUUAUUUUAUAGGAUCGUGGAGAUUUCGCUUCCCUGGUCCGGAAUUUGCUCGGACCGAUUUAUGGCGACAGUGUUAUGGAUUUACUGAUAAGACAAGCACGGGAUAUCCUGGUUUGCGCUUAUCAUGGUAACUUGGAGAACUUUGUCCGGGCUUAUCUGUCACCUGCUGCAGCUUUACUAGCGGAAGUCAAGAGUAUAGUCUCCGAAACGGGGAACGAGGCGGUGGUGCCCGAGGGCUGGCCCCUAACGUUAGGUGGCAGUGGUCUGAUCCUGCAUCUGGGUGAGCUCGAAGCGUCCGCGCUGCGUUUCGGGGAAUGUUACCUCUGCGUACGCAGCGUGGCUGCUGCAACUACAAUUGCAACCACCUCGUCGGUCAACGGCGUUAAGACUGCCGGUAAAGCCGCCGAGCAAAAUACCGUUGAGAUAGCAGUAGUCUGGCGAACUACGUCGAUGAGGACUCCGGGGAUCUUAGGUUGGGAUCGUGAGGACGAGUUCAUGGACUGGCGGGAAUUGACGAACAAGGGUCAGACGAGCUCGUCAGCAAGCACGGCGAGCUCGAAUCUCAGCGGGGCGCAAUCCUCUGGCGCGAUGAAGGCCACCGGUCGUCCGCGGCGAAGAUCGCGCGAGGAUGCGCGUCCAAGGACACGCGAGACCAGCAGCGUCGAGAAUCGUCGGGAGGAGGCCAGAUCGAUCGACAGGCUCGAGCACCAAUCUUGUCGUGAGAAUCUCACGAUCAGCAAGUCCGGUCGUACUACCACGGUGAUGAAGUCCAAGUCCGCAUCCAGCGUCGACGCUUGGAAGGAGGAUCUCGACGGCAAACUCGAUCGAGGUUCGAGUUGCAGGGCGCAUUCCAAGAACUCUUCUAGUCUCACUGGCGGCGACGAGGGUCGCAUCAAAGUGAAACGGUGCGCCAAUGUCGUCUCCUCUACGGUGAUGGAAAAGUGGAAGGAGAGUAGCAGGUGCGAAACGCGCAGCAGAUCGAUCGCACCGAAAGAUCUGAAGAAUCCUUUGCAAUUUGAAGAGUGCAUUAUGCGGCAAAACAGCGGCGCUAAUGAUUCGUCGAAGGAUCUCGAGGACAGAUUACGGAACGUAGGUGGUCCGGGUGACGUCACUGACGAGGAUCUGCCGGCGUACAUAGGCAGUCUCCUUGUCACCGUCGAGAGAAAGAUCGAGAGGGUCUCGCUCGACGAUAUGACGUUUCCUUGUCCGGCGUGUAGGAACAUAGACACGGACGACCCGCUCUUAGGAUGCAGAUGCGCUGGCGACGACUGCGGCUGUAGCGUCGGCGAGGAUAACUGCGACUGCUCUUCCUCCGUAUCCGUCUCGCGGAAAGAACAGUCCGCGAAGAGCUUCGAAGUGGCAGGAAUCAAGCAUAUCGAUAGUGACGACGAGGAGGAAGUGCGGAUGGGAUUUGGAACCAAAAAGCGAAUCGACGAAGUAGCAUUACCAAGGACUAUUCACGAUUUGCCGGAACGCGUUCUCACGUGUGGCCUGUCACUUCCCGGAUACAUAGACGUCGUCGGAAGACCGGUUAUCGAAUUCGAGGACAACGUAUCCACAAGGGAAGACCUCUCCGUUAGAGAGACAUCGGCUUUUCUGCUCUACCUCGCGCGUCUACCCAGCGCCGAACGCACGAAAGAUGGCUUCACUAUUUUCAUACUCAGCGAUUCUAAGGAGAGUCUGGAGUUCAUGGACAAAAUGUUGGUUUUGCUGCAGGGCAGAAUCAACGUGGCGCAGACUCUCGUGUUUCGGAAUGCCGUGACAACGCAUGGACCGAUCGAUUCUCUCUUACCUCUCAGUAACGUCCAGACUGUCGUCGUGAAUGGCGCAACUCUCGCCAAAUAUAUUUCCAGGCGAGAAGAAAAUCACGAUCAGAUGCAAUGGAUCGCUUUUUACAAGGAGUACGACAGCCUCAUGACGGAGUGGCAAUCGGCUGGUCGCAGGUUGGCCCUCGAAAUGUCGGAGUUGAAGGAAUGCGCAAACCUGUCUGGCACUUUGACGCCCCUCGGUCGGCUCCUCACGGACCCCACAUUGAGAAGAACGUCUAGAGAUGCCGAAGAGGCUAUCGCCGCGCUCGAGGAACGCGCGGUCCCGCUUUUGCACAUCGAGCACGUUAGAUUGUCGAUGAAACGAGCCCGCAGAUUGGUGGAAGAGGUGGGUAAAGCCGCCACCAGACUGGAGUCUUCGUUCGAGUCGCGACGCGCGACUAUUCGCAAUCUCGCGGUUCUACGGAGCAUCGAGGAUCAGGCGCACGAGAUACUGUCCUGGCUUUGCAAGAAAGGCGAGGACAUUCUGUCGAAGCACGCACAGCACAUAGCGACGAACUUGGCGUCAGCGCGGCUUCACGAGCGCGAAUUCGAGAAAUUUUAUUUCACGUCGAUGAGACACCUGGACAAAGGAAGCGACCUUGCUGAGGCGGCGAGCGCGAGUGGACUUCGCGAGCUCGCGAGAUCCUUGAAGCAGCAUUUACGAGGAUUCGGCUCCCGCUUGGAAGAUAGACGGGAGUAUUUGGAGGAUACGUCAAGAUGCUGUCUCCUUCAGGAUCGCGCCUACGAGUGGGCGCAGGAAGCUCGUCUAGCAAGCGAGAGGAGAUCCCAGCAAUUCCUGAUGGCGAGGCCACCUCUGCCACCCGAACAUUUCACCGAGAUGAUGGCUCUGGCGGAGAAGCUCGGUAACGAAGUCCUUUUGGAGCAAUGUCGUAUCGCGCGAAAUAAGUGCGCGGAAGCCCUUGAGAAUGCUAGGACUACGUCCGCUCCAGGAAGUCCCGCGAGAAGAAGGUCCUUCGCUGCUUCCGAGUCGACCUCCUGGGAUGAUACUUUAGCAAAAAGGACAUCCUGGGAUGAUAGCGACAGCAGUGCUUCUUACGCUUGUCCGAUGGAAAGCGUCGGAUCAGCCGGCAGCGGUGGUCGACCGGUCCUGGACAACAUCGCUGAACUUCGAGAGAGUGCUGAACAACUUUUGGAUUGCUCGCCACCACGGACACCUCCGCGAAGCCCGGCUCCGAGAAGGCUGGUUAAGCCACCGGUGAAUUCGCAUCUUCACAGAUCAGCCAGCAUCGCGCCAGGAAUGAAGGCAAAAAAAACAAUACUACUCAUAAUGAGGGAGAUGAUACAGACUGAACGAGACUACGUGAAGUCACUCGAAUACAUAAUAGAGAACUAUAUCCCGGAACUCGUGCGAGAGGACAUCCCGCAGGCUCUUAGAGGACAGAGAAACGUAAUCUUCGGGAAUGUUGAGAAGAUAUACGAAUUUCACAGUCAACACUUUCUACGCGAACUGGAGCAAUGCGAGCAAUCGCCUAUGCUUGUGGGACAAUGUUUUCUCAGACACGAGAAAAAGUUUUAUCUUUAUGCCUUGUAUAAUAAAAAUAAACCAAAUUCGGAUUCACUGAUGGCGGAAUACGGCACGAGCUUCUUCAAACAGAAACAACUAGAGUUGGGGGAUAAAAUGGACUUGGCUAGCUAUUUAUUGAAACCAGUCCAACGGAUGGGAAAAUAUGCUUUGCUACUUCAGCAGCUAGUUAAAGCCGGCACAGAUCUAUCGGAACAAUUGUCUGGCAAAGAAGAAAAGGAGGAGAAGGAGGAUAGUAUGAAGCCGAUAGUCGAAGGUGAAGCGGAUUUAAGGGCUGCCGAGCAAAUGGUUCGAUUUCAACUUCGACAUGGAAACGAUCUUUUGGCAAUGGACUCGCUUCGCGAUUGCGACGUAAACGUAAAAGAACAAGGAAGAUUAUUGCGGCAAAACGAAUUCUUAGUCUGGCAAGGAAAAGGCAAGAAGUGUCUGCGACAAGUCUUUUUGUUCGAAGAUCUUAUACUUUUCAGUAAAGCAAGAAGAUUCCCUGACAGAAAGAACCUUGAUAUUUACAUCUAUAAACAUAGCAUUAAAACGACGGACAUUGGCUUGACUGCCGUUAUCGCGGAUUCGCCCACAAAAUUCGAGAUUUGGUUCCGCAAGAGAAAACCAGGCGAUACGUAUACGUUGCAAUGCGCGAGUGAAGACAUUAAGAAAGCCUGGACCGAGGAGCUUAGCAACCUUUUGUGGAAACAGGCGCUUAGAAACAGAGAAGUGCGCCUGGCAGAGAUGUCGAGCAUGGGCAUUGGGAAUAAGCCGUGUUUAGAUAUAAGGCCUAGCGCAGAUCAGAUUAACGAUCGUUCUAUUAGCGUAGCUCAACUCUCUAAGACACCCAGAUUUAGAAACUCUAUAGCGGUGUCAAUGGCGGAGGAUUCCAGUCGCUGCAGCAGAAGGCCACAUAGCGUAAUUUCCGUUAGUUCGUCCUCGAGCAGUGGUGGAAGUAGCGGCCCUCCUACGACGCUUAAUCUUGGAUUAGAUACGAGUCCACGACCGCAUCAUCGUAGCACUACACUGAACAGCCAGUGUAGCGUUGAAAGCGGUAUUAUCGCUGAUAUCUCAAUUGUAUCGGAUGAUGGGGGUGAUAGCACCGAAAGAAGUCCUUGGAAUUCAACCUUGGAGAGUCCUACGUCUUUACCUACGACCUCGACCCCUCUGCAAUCGCCAACUAGCGGAACGGCGGCAACGAUUACUCCCGUAUCUUCGACAGACACGAAUCUCACAUCUUAUGACCAAGACAUGUCUAUUAAUCUAUGAACCUCUCUCACUAUACAGAGAAUAUCGCGAAAACGCGAAUCUAUAAUUGAUUCACUUGUAAGUUUGUGUUACGAUUACAGAGAUGUGACAUCGUCGCGACAUAUUUAAUUAAGUACUAUGAGAUAAUAUCGUCGCACGCAUACUCUAUCGAAUCAUCCAUCGCAUUCUUGUGAGCAACUUAUAGUUUAAUGCGACGUGAUGGGCAAAAUAUAAACGUGCAUGCAAUCUGAUAAGUCACUGCAUUACGCUUAACACGUGUGCCCAGCUAUGGAACUUGUAAUCGUAUUACAUAUAAAUAUAGAUUCUCUUAUCCUAUAGCUACAGAAAUGGUACCGAAUUUUAACAUUUAACUUUCAAGUGAAUCUGUCUCUGUAAAUUUAUCUUUUGAUACGCUUCGAAAUUCACAGGUCUAUGUGAUCAUAUAGCUAUUGAGCUAUUACUUAUGAAGACUACUCACUGAUAACUGGUUUCUGAAGUAAUAGCAACAUGUAUUUUCUUAUUCCGUCUCAUUAAUUUUAUCAACGUGCUCAAGACACGAUGCUAGAUAGAUAUGUUCUAUCAAAUGUACGAUUAUCGAGGUAUG